AUGGUGUGCCAACUUAUCUUUCAUGGUACCGUCAUUCACUGUGAGGAAUGUUUCGAGCCGAGAAUUCUCAAAGAUUGCGUCGUGAUCGUGGCACGUGAUGGCUGCAUAUCACAUAUCAAGCCUGAUGUUCCAGAGAGCCAGGUGCAAGGCUUUCUUUCUACACUUCAGCUGCCGGAAGUCUCCCAAGUUCGGUCUCUUCAGCAGACCGAGUUUCUAAUCCCAGGCGUCAUCGACACGCACAACCACGCGCCUCAAUGGUCUCAAAGGGGACUUGGUGGAGGCCUUCAUAUCCUUGAGUGGCUAAGCGAGGUCACUUUCCCCAACGAGGCCAAAUUUCAAGACCCAGAACAUGCACGAAAAAUCUACUCUUCCUGCGUUGAUGGGUUCAUCAAGCAAGGAGUCACCACGGCGUCUUAUUAUGGAUCUUUACACUGUGAGGCCACUAAGAUUCUGGCCGAAAUCUGUCUCGCCAAGGGUCAACGGGCACUAAUCGGCAAGUGUAAUAUGAAUCGAAAUGCACCAGACUACUACCGAGAUAAGGACGCCGACGAGUCCUUAAAAGUCACUCAGGAUAUAAUCAAUUAUAUCUAUACACUCGAUGAGAGUGGAAGUCUGAUCAAACCUAUCUUGACUCCACGCUUUGCGAUCUGUUGCGAUAAUGAAUUGUUAACAGGUUUAGGGUCUAUUGCUACCCAAAACCCUGACAUACCUAUCCAGACCCAUUUCAAUGAGGCUCAACAAGAAAUCGAUGCUACGUUAAGCUUAUUUCCAGGUUUCCAGAAUGAGGCUGAUCUCUACGAGUCCUUCGCUCUACUUACAAACCGUACUAUUCUGGCUCACUGCACCAUCAUGACGGAUUACGAGAUCGACAAGCUUCAACAAGCGGAUUGCGGCGUAGCUCACUGUCCUAUCGCAAACACUACCGUCGGUGGCGGCUUUAUGGCCGCUCCUAUACGAAAACUCUUGAACAAGGGCAUUAAAGUCGGCUUAGGCACUGAUAGUGGCGGUGGAUUUUCAUCGAGCAUCCUCGAUGCGAUACGUCAGGCGAUUAUCGUCUCCAACGCCAGACAAGUCAUGACGAGUGAACCAGCAGCACUCUCUAUCUGGGAGUGCUUCUACCUAGCCACCUUGGGUGGUGCCAGAGUAUGCAGUCUCGAGGAAAGGAUCGGGAACUUUCAAGUAGGCGAGGAAUUUGAUGCUCUUGUAGUGCAAACGGAGGCUUGUGGUGUGAUGACCAUGCUUCAAGAUGAGGACAGUCCCAAAACGAUGUUUGAAAAGUUUUUGAUUAGUGGCGACGACCGGAACAUUGCUGAAGUCUACGUUCGUGGCCGGCAAUUGAAGAAGAUUUCAUAA